AUGAUAAUUGUCGCCUUUCUAUUGUUACUUCUCGUGGUGUUGGUACCAUUAGUUAACCAUUACAAAGACCCAAAGGGACUCCGUCGAUUUCCGACGCCAUCAUUCUGGGCCUUAACACCGCUAUGGGCAGCGUAUCACAACUGGCAUGGACGCAGGUUCCUUGCUGUCGAUGAAGCCCACAGACGACGAGGGCCAGUCCUUCGCCUCGGCCCUGAACACCUAUCUUUCGCAUCACCUGGCGCUUAUAAGGAGAUAUACGGCCAUGGCUCCGCCAUCAUCAAAGACGUUUUCUACGACAAUUUGGCCGGAAAGAACCCGGCGAUGGCAAACACGUCCAGCCGACCAUUACAUUCGGAGCGAAGAAAAGCAGUCUCGGCCAUCUUCGCUGCCAAGCACGUGUCCUCCAUGGAACCUAAGGUGCAGUAUUCGGUUGAGAAGCUGUUGUACGCCAUUCAAGCCAAGGCUGAAGGUCGCAUGGUGUCAACGAGUGACGAAUAUCCCGCCAACAACGGCGUAUUUGAUCUCCGGCCCUGGAUGAAUAUGUUCUCCUUUGACGCUUUCUCCAACAUGAUGUGGUCGUCAUGCUACAACUUUCUCGAUCGAGGUAACGACUCUUGCUUCGCCAUGGACCAUAAGGGGGCCGUAACAACCGUCAACGCCAUGAAAACUUUCCAAUCAGGGGUACACUGGAACACGAUUUGCGCUCAGUUUUCACCUCCUAUAUAUAGCUUAGGUCGGUGGCUUACGAGCUCGACGGCGGACAAGCAAGCAGCUGAUCAUUUCGCCGGCAUGGCACGUUAUCUGACUGUGCAGCGGAUCAAAAUGAAGCCAGAGGAGCCCGACUUCUUCACCAAUCUUCCAUAUGAUGAAGCAUCGGAGAAGUCGCGCACGACCCUCAAUAUUGAUCAGCUAGUCGCUGAGUGCGAUACAUAUCUCAAUGCUGGUAAUGAUACGACGCAAAUAUCCCUCACAAACACCAUGUUUGAGCUCGCUUCGCAUCCCGAAAAGCAGCAAAAGUUGUACGAUAUCUUGCUUCAAGGUUUGCCAGAGUCAUCUCGGCCCGUGGCCUCCUAUACCGAGCUGUGCCAGAUCCCAUAUCUUCGAGCUGUCCUAGAUGAGUCGUUUAGACUACUCCCCCCUGUGCGCUUUGGGCUGCUACGCCGCACGACUGGCCACGGUGCCACAAUAUCAGGCCACACAAUUCCGGCCGGCGUCACCGUCUCCUCGUCCGUGUACACCAUGCAUCGCGAUAGCAACCUUUUCCACAAUCCCUCAGAGUGGAUACCCGAGCGCUGGCUUCCGGAUACCCAUCAUGUUUCCGACGCCGAAAGACAGAAUCUGAAGGACUAUGUACUGCCCUUCACCCUAGGGGGCAGGGCUUGUAUCGGGAGAAACCUAGCCUACAUGGAACUGAGUAUCUGCGUGGCGGCCAUGGUCCUGUCGUUUGAAUGGACCAUUACACCCGAGGCCAAGAAAAGCUUCACGCAUUACGAGCGUUUCAAUUCUAGUCCUGUCUGUUUGAUGAUUUCGGCGAAAGCGAGGUGUGAUGAGAAGCUUAGCAGCGAGUGGAAUAGUUCUUAG